AUGUUUCGAGGAGGUGCUUCAGCCAUGAAACCUAUUGGAAACUGCGAAGAAGACCUCGUUUUAACACAAGUCAAAUCCGAACCUCGCGUUCAUAGCCCUUGUGAAAAAGACAUGACCCCUUCGGCUAGUAGUAAUCAAUCCAAUUCUUUAUUCAGUACAAUUUCAAGUAGCAGCAAAAGGCCCCGAACAGAUGACUGGCUGAGCCCUCCGAGUCCGGGACCUCCAAUGGGAAGUGCACCCUUGACACCUUCUCCAGGCCCACAUAAUCAAUAUACCGUAAUUAGCAACGGAUAUUCUUCUCCCAUGUCCUCGGGAAGCUACGAUCCGUACAGUCCAAAUGGAAAACUCGGACGAGAAGAUCUUUCUCCUCCGGGAAGUUUAAACGGUUACAGCGUCGACAGCAGCGAUUCGAAGAAAAAAAAAGGACCAACGCCGAGACAACAGGAAGAACUUUGCCUUGUUUGCGGGGACCGAGCUUCCGGAUACCAUUACAAUGCACUAACAUGCGAAGGUUGCAAAGGUUUUUUUCGACGGAGCAUUACUAAAAAUGCCGUAUAUCAGUGUAAAUAUGGGGACAGCUGUGAAAUAGAUAUGUACAUGAGAAGAAAGUGUCAAGAAUGUAGAUUGAAAAAGUGCCUUAGUGUGGGCAUGAGGCCAGAAUGUGUGGUACCCGAGAUUCAAUGCGAAGUUAAAAGAAGAGAAAAAAAGGCACAAAGAGAAAAAGGGAAGCCUUCAUCGACGACAAAUGGAUCACCCGAAUUAAUAAUGGCAGAUACACCCGCAAUUAAGACGGAGCCGAAUACGACUCAGUCUCAUAAUGAAAAAAGUUCUGCUAACGGAGUGAAACCCAUUAGUCCGGAGCAAGAGGAGCUCAUUCAUAGGCUGGUUUACUUUCAAAACGAAUACGAACAACCUUCUGAUGAAGAUUUAAAAAGGAUAUCCAACGCGCCGUCGGAAGGAGAAGAUCAAAGCGAUCUCAAUUUUAGGCACAUAACAGAAAUAACAAUAUUAACCGUUCAAUUAAUUGUCGAAUUUGCAAAAAGAUUACCAGGUUUCGACAAAUUAUUAAGGGAAGACCAGAUUGCCUUACUUAAAGCUUGCUCAAGCGAGGUUAUGAUGCUUCGAAUGGCGAGACGUUACGAUGUCGGUUCGGAUUCAAUUUUAUUCGCAAACAACCAACCGUACACGAGAGAUAGUUACAGUUUAGCCGGAAUGGGAGAAACGGUGGAUGAUCUUUUAAGGUUUUGUCGCCAAAUGUACGGAAUGAAAGUCGACAAUGCCGAAUAUGCUUUGCUCACGGCCAUCGUCAUAUUUUCUGAACGUCCGUCGCUCAUAGAAGGAUGGAAAGUUGAAAAAAUACAAGAAAUUUAUUUGGAAGCAUUAAAAGUUUAUGUCGAUAACAGGCGAAAACCACGAUCGGGAACCAUAUUUGCUAAAUUAUUAUCCGUUCUCACGGAAUUAAGGACCCUCGGAAACUUAAAUUCGGAAAUGUGUUUCUCAUUGAAACUUAAAAACAAAAAACUGCCACCAUUCCUGGCCGAAAUAUGGGAUGUCAUCCCUUAA